AAAGAUAUAACCACAAGCACUAAUCAUAAGCCUCUCCAUCUAUACCAUCAUAUAUGGCUAGUAGUUGUUUCUCCAUGACAACACCAAUCUUCAAAAUUCGCUUCUUCUUAUUCUUAUGCUUUAUUGGGAUAAGUUCAUCUCAAUUGUCCUCUGACUUUUACUCCACAACUUGUCCUAAUGCGCUUUCAACCAUUAAGAGUGCAGUGGAUUCUGCUGUGAGCAAUGAGGCUCGCAUGGGGGCUUCCCUCCUACGUCUUCAUUUCCAUGAUUGUUUUGUUCAAGGAUGUGAUGCAUCAGUGCUAUUGAAUGAUACAUCAAGUUUCACAGGUGAACAGACGGCAGCUGGCAACGUUAAUUCCAUAAGGGGUUUUGGUGUAAUAGACAACAUCAAGUCUCAAGUUGAGAGCUUAUGUCCUGGUGUUGUUUCUUGUGCUGAUAUUCUCACUGUAGCUGCAAGGGACUCUGUUGUUGCUCUUGGUGGACCUAGUUGGACAGUGCAAUUGGGCAGAAGAGACUCAACCACUGCAAGUUUAAGUUCUGCAAACUCAGACUUGCCCCGUUUUGAUUUAAGUCUGCAACAACUCAGCGAUAAUUUCCAAAACAAAGGUCUCACCACCGCAGAAAUGGUUGCUCUCUCAGGAGGGCACACAAUUGGGCAAGCUAAAUGUUCAACUUUCAGAACAAGGAUUUACAACGAGACCAACAUAGAUUCCUCUUUUGCAACAUCAUUGCAGGCAAAUUGUCCAAGCGUGGGUGGUGACAGCAAUUUGGCCCCUCUUGACAGCAGCCAAAACACCUUUGACAAUGCUUACUUCAAGGAUUUGCAGAGCCAAAAGGGUCUCUUGCACACAGAUCAAGUGCUUUUCAAUGGAGGAUCCACAGACUCUCAAGUAAAUGGUUAUGCCAGCGACCCUUCAAGCUUCAACACUGACUUUGCCAAUGCAAUGGUUAAAAUGGGAAACAUUAGCCCACUUACUGGCUCUAGUGGCGAAAUCAGGACCAAUUGUUGGAAGACCAAUUAAGAUCUUGGUCCUUUUCGUACUAGUACUAUAGUACAAUAGCAGUUAAGGGACAAACUGUUACUUUUAGGAUGGCCCAAGUAGAUCUAAACAUGUCUUUAAACUAAAGCGGUUAAAAGACUAUAUUGAAUGGGAUUAGAUUUUUAUAUUAUAAAUUAUAGUUUUUGUUUUAUUUCUCUUAAAUGAAUGAGAAGUUGACCGAUGGAUAACUAUUAUCCAUUGAUUUUAAGUGUAUUUGUAUUUAAAAGAUCAAGCAAUCAAUGAAAAAUCUCGCGAGUAUUAAUUAA